GUGUGUCGUCCAUUACUUUUCACGUGAUCGUCCACAGGACUUUCCGCCAGCUUUACGUGCGACGCUGAAUAUUGUCCAUAAUUCAUCGAUUUGAAAGCGUACUUCAACAUGCUUCGGAGACUAGCUGGGAUGCUAGGACAUACAAAACAAGGGGUCCACUUAUUGAACAAUUCUCGCUACAACAACGCCGUUGGUAAUGGAUAUCGCGCAGCCGGACAAUGGGCUCGCAACGUCAGCGGCGGAGUCGGCAAUACGUUACAAAAGCCCGACUGGCAGUACGAAGACCUAAAGCCAUUAAAGAAAGAUUUCUAUAACGUGCAUCCGAAUGUAUCGGCACGUAGCACCCAAGAGAUCGAAUUAUUCCGACAAAAGAAACAGAUUACUGUGAAGGGUGAUAAAGUUCCGGAUCCUAUCCAGUACUUUGAGGAGGGUAACUUUCCUGAUAAUGUAAUGAAAAUGAUCAGCAAAUGUGGCUUCCACGAGCCGACUGCGAUUCAAGCUCAGGGCUGGCCGAUUGCCAUGUCUGGAUACAAUAUGGUAGGCAUAGGACAGACAGGUUCGGGAAAGACUCUGGGUUACAUUUUGCCCGCCAUUGUACACAUUAACGCUCAAGAACGCUUGAAUUACGGCGACGGUCCGAUCGCGCUGAUUCUCGCCCCUACCAGAGAACUCGCUCAACAAAUACAAUCAGUGACGACCGAAUUCGGUUCUUUGUCGCACGUGAGAAGCACCUGUAUCUUCGGUGGUGCGCCCAGAGGCGGUCAAGCGCGCGAUUUACGCCGUGGUGUAGAAAUUUGCAUUGCCACUCCUGGACGUCUGAUCGACUUCCUAGAACAGGGCACGACCAACCUGCACAGGUGUACGUACUUAGUGCUGGACGAAGCCGACCGCAUGCUGGACAUGGGCUUCGAGCCUCAAAUUCGCAAGAUUAUCGAGCAGAUCAGGCCAGACCGGCAGGUCCUCAUGUGGUCUGCCACAUGGCCGAAAGAAGUGCGCACCCUAGCGAAAGAAUAUCUAAAGAAUUACGUACAGUUGAACAUCGGAUCGCUGACAUUAGCCGCCAAUCAUGAUAUACUUCAAAUUGUCGAAGUCUGCGAGGAACACGAGAAGGAAUCCAGGUUGAAGGAUCUGCUGGAAAAUAUCUACGCUAACGAGAACGGCGGCAAGAUUAUAAUUUUUGUAGAAACAAAGAAAAAAGUGGAGAGCAUUACGAGAAAUAUCCGACGCUUUGGUUGGCCUGCGGUAUGCAUUCACGGCGACAAGUCGCAACAUGAGAGAGAUUUUGUUCUUAGAGAAUUUAGGAAUAAGAAAACUGCAAUUCUUGUUGCAACCGACGUUGCUGCUCGUGGCCUUGACGUCGACGAUGUCAAGUACGUGAUUAACUUGGAUUAUCCGUCCUCGUCCGAAGACUACAUUCACAGGAUCGGCAGGACUGGCCGCUCGGGAAACGCGGGAACCAGUUAUGCCUUCUUCACACCGCAAAAUGCUCGACAGGCGAAAGACUUGAUAAAUGUGCUUAAAGAAGCCAAACAAGAAGUCAAUCCUGAACUGCUCAAAUUCGCAAUGAGCAGCGGUGGUGGUGGCGGCGGCGGCGGCAACAGAAGUCAUUGGUACGGAUACGGUUACCGUGGGAGAGAAAAUGUUUUCCGCGGAACGCGUAAGCGAUUCGAUACCAACAAGGUAUCCAAUUAUAAUAGAUGAUCCCGUAUAUAGGCGAAUCACAAUUCUAAAAGGCGGAUAAAGCCUUUACAGUAGGAGUUCGAUGUAAUGCCAUUAUGUUCGAUGUACACCCCUCACGAGCCAUUAUUUGGGCUUUUUGCACGUUACAACUGAUUGCCCCACCGUCGUCGUAACAGUCGUAGCAAUCCUAACAGUUGACAGCCGUGCGAAAUUACUCGUGCACUCGUAAUACGGCCAGCACUACGUGUUCUUCAUGACCCAAAUAUUGGUAUAUUGGAUAAUCAACAUGCAUUCAACUGUGUCAACGCCUCUUAACACUUGUAUAAUAGGAGGUUUUUUUUUACGAUUCUCAACUUUACGCGCAAUGUGUAAGUUAAAAAAUUGUACAAGUGACACCUAGUUACACAAUGUUAAAACAUAUGCCUCCUGGUGUACUACCGCAGAUAUAUGUGAUUCGUGAUGGAACAAGUGCGAGCAUCGUGUAUUGACACAAGUAUAAAAUGAAAGGUCUAGUGAUAUAGACUGAGUUAUAUAAGUGUAGUAGAGAAAAAAGAAGAGGAGAACGAAGAUAGUGCAAUACAAUUUGCGAGUGUUGGAUAAUUGUUUGCGCGAGUACAUAAUUGGAGGACUAUCCCCGUAUGCCUGGCAAUAGGCGGCUGUCGGACAGUCUCGACGUUCUGAAGAAAACAUGCGAUGUAGAGCCAUUUCUGAAAAUUUUGCACCCCUAUAAACCGGCGGGGGGCUGGGCAUUACAUUUUACUGUAUUAACCGCGUUUUAGUUCCCUUUACCAUUCCUAAGCUAUUUUUGAAACAUUCUUUUUUUUAUCAUCAGCUAGAUUUAUCUCGGAUAGUACAAGUGUAUCUGCUAAGUCGUAAUUUUUUUUUCAGUAUAUUGAAAGCGAUUUGCAAAAUUUAAACGAACGUAACUUGGCGAGGAAGGGCGUUCAACCGAACUUUUGAUCCGUUGGUAGGAUUUAUACGAAAUACUAAAAAACUCGUGAAAUCGCCUUGUGCUGAACGCAACCAUUUCGUUAGUUACGUUGUCUUCCUGGCUAAAUUACGCGUCUCUUUAUUUGAUCUCGAUAUUCGUAUACAGCGACACGUAUGAGGCAUGUACAAUAUUUAUCUGAGUUUGCGCCAAAUUUAUUUGUCAAUAAGUUUAUUUAUUGGAAGUGAAUGCGAUAAAAUGAUAUAUGAAGCACAGGAGAGCGAUUAAAGGCUGGUUAAUCAAUUGUCGGCGACGAAA